AUGCCAGAAGAAAAUACACAAGAAGUUGGCAUGAACCUGCUACUAGAAAUGGCCGAUGUGUUGGACGCAACUCCAAGUGAUUUGUCUUCGGAUUUUAGUAAAAUCCAUUGCUUAGAUGGAAAAAUCAAGGAAAUGCAAAUGGCCUUGGAUGCUUCCGUUCACAAAAUUAUGAGCUCCAAUGCCACCCCGGAUGAAAGAUCUUCCAUAAUACAAAACAUUGUGGAAGUUGUAAAAAAGAAUUCACCCCUUAUCCAUAGAAAAGCUCAUAUAUCUAUGCACACAGAAGCUGUAUCCAAGCAAAACCUUUCGAGGUUGCAGACUUGCUUUCAGGCAAUGGAAAUGAUCUAUCCUCAUUUUUUUAUUCCAUACGUUGCUGCCCCAGAGCCUUUGGAAUCCCGCCGUGAAAAGCGAGUACCUACUAGAUCAUCAAAGCGGCGACAAGGAAGGGAUGCCAGCGCUAAGGAGACGAGUGAAAAGAAAAAGAAACCGGAUGCUGUUGACUCUCUUGUUCAUUCUCCUAACUUUUCAGAUCAACAAUCAGACGCUUCCACAGUAGCAGGUUUAAAUGAUUUUCCGUAA